AUGAGGGCGGCCGAAGCGACUCCGGAGACUAAUGAAAUAUCAACAGCGGGCCGGGCGGGCGGCAAAAAGGAGCGCACAAAGGCGCGCGGCGGCGAGCGGAUGGACGGGCGAGCGGUUAGGGUGUGGCGUUGGGAGGUGAGCGCGGCGGCGCGGCCUGCGGGGGAAGUAAUCCUGGCAGGUGGGGCUGUCUCCGCCGACGCUGAGCCGGCGGCGGUGGUGGCGGCGGCGGCGGGGCCGCAAAAAACUGAAGUUAAGGUAAAACAAAUUUCCACUCAGUUCAACAUUUUUCAUUGCGAUUGAUUGCUUUGAUUUUUAAUGGAACGAUGCAAUAAAUUUCGGCUGGUCAACAGGGCUCACACGGUCAGAUAUUGUGCCGAUCUUCAUUUUGAGGAAACUGAAGAGUUAUACUGGAUGUUAGUGUUACGUGAAAGGAGAGGUGCAGCAAUGGAGGAAUCUACAGGAGGCGCCGACAAGAAACUUUUGACCAGCAAGAGACCGCACCAGAAUUGUAUCGAAGAUGGCCUUGACUCUCCAGCUGAUUACGGACGAAUGGAACUCACAGAACCAAACUAAACAGAACUUCGUCUGAACGUCUUUCUGGACGCAGUCAAAAGAGGAACACUCGCCGCGCGCCGCGCCACCGGAGGACGAUUCGAAACAAAAGAGGCGCGGCAGGAAAGAGAUUUC